UUUUUCUAAAAAAGAAAAGAAAAGAAAUUCUACUGCGGGCUGCCUGGGCCGAUUGGAAGCCCACUUCCCACGGGCUAGGCCUUUAAUUAUACAAACCCACGAAGGCCCCUUCGUCGCCGACUCUACUAGCCGGUGGUUACUUCUCGAAACCGCCGCUACAGAUGGCCGACGAAGGCGAGCUCCUCGCCGGCGGCGAGCCCGUCCGGCCGCCGCGGCUGGAGGACGCGGGGCUCGAGGACUGCGCCCUCCCGCCGGAGUCCAUCGCCGAGGCCUUCUCCCUCGCCGCCAUGGCCGUCUCGUCCCGCCUCGCCCAUUUCUCCCUCUCCGACGACGACGACGACGACGACGAGGACCUCCUCCUCCCGCCGCGUGGCGGCGGCGCCGGGGGAUGCGUGGAAGACUCGGGCCCGACGUGCGGGGACAUCCCGGAUGCCCUCGUCGGGGUGGGAGGCGACCGCGGGAGCGGCGCCGACGAGGUCGUGGUGGUCGGCGGCGGAGCCGGUGAGGGCGGAGACGAGGUGGUCGUCGGAGGGCGCGGGGACGAGGAGGAUAGGGUUGUGGUGGUCGGGGAGGAGCGGGGCGAGAAGCUUGGUUCUGACAAUGGCUGCGUCGAGGGGAUCCGGGAAGGAAUCGCUGAUUCGGAUCGCGGAGAAGGCAAUGGAGAAGAAGGGAAGGAGAAGGAGGAGGAGAAGGUGGAGGUGGUGGUGGCUGUGGAGAAGGCGAUCUUGGUGGAAGAUUUCGCGUGAGCUCGAUUGGUAACUCUACUACUACCUUCGAGCAUAGCUUGAGCAAAGAUGUGAGCUACCUUUUUUUUUUUUCUAUUUCAGUUUGUUUUGUUCAAGCAAAGAGUCUCUAAAUCCACUACGAGAUCGUUUUCUUGUACUUGUUGUUUUGUUAUUAUGUAAUGUGAUGCUUGGGUUUUAGAUCAGAUGAAGUUAUGUUUCUAUUAUGAUCUGUAGAUUACGAAUUGCUUAUUACGGAUGGA